AUAAUAUAAUAUUUAAAUAUAUUUUAAAUAAUUAUUUUAAAUAACAUCGUUGAAACAAAGUGGGUUUAAUAAUAAAUCCGCAAGCAAGGACAGUAAAUAAAGUAAACAAAUUGGCGCUUACGUUCAACACACUCUUACCCGCAAAACGCUGCACCAAAUAGUAUUACUCAUAUUUAUAUUACCUCGGUUAGGAUUAUAUUUUACAGCAAGGGUACCAGUACCAGAGAUAUAAUUAAAAAGGGGUUCAGUUUACAAGGCUUUAGUCGUUACGAGGUUCGAAGAAAGUCAAAUGUACGGAAUUUUAUCCAGAAUUUGUUUUUGCAAGUACUAGAGAAAUACUGAAUUUAUUUCUAUUCUGCUGUGGUUUUUUAUCUUUGGUCCUUAAAUUAAUAUUUUACUUUCUUACUUAUUUCAUGAACUACUAUUGUGCCUAUUAAAACAUACUUAAAUUUAGGAUCGAUAAUUAAGUUGAACUAAUUGGUUUGACUCUAGCUGGGUUUAGACAGGAUUCGAACUCGAGCUACGGUCGUGUUUUAAAUAAAUCGAACUUGAAUAAUUUUUUAGACUCGUUUAAAAAAAUAUGAUCCUACAAGACUCAGGUACGAUUGUAACCACAUUUUUAUCAAACAAUGGGAGUUUAAAAAAUAAUCUAAAAUUCAUGAUAGAUAAGGAAUUUGGUCGAAAAAUACCAUAACGUGGAGAAAAAUGUUGGAGAUAAAUUGUUUAGUAGAGAGAGAGAAGUGAAAAGAAGACACUUCUCAUUACAAAAGCAAAUAUGGAUAAGUACGUAACCCAACAUAUUUAGUGCGAAGCGGUCUGUUUGUAAGCUUUGGUUCUAUAUAUGGACCUCUUCCUUUCCCUUGUUGUUUUCUUACCUCAUUUCACCAAACUAUAUGCAAAGAAACCAUUGUUGAAGCUCUGAAAAUCCUAACAAGUAGUUUUGCUUCUCUUAGAGUGUUACGUUUUUUAUUCAGUUUCAUCCUUUGGGUUAUUCAUUCAAUUAAGAAAAGAUUAAUUGAAGACAUGUUUUGUACUCUGCAUUUGGUGUUUGGAAUUUUUGGUGGGUUUUUUUAUUCAUUUCCAUUGAGUUUUUGUGUGUGCUUUUUAAUUUUCCAUUUCUCUAGAAUUGUUUUCCAUCAGUUUUCCUCUCUGAUUUAUGUUUUCCACUUACUCUGUUUCCUUUUAUUUACAGGGGAUGCUUUUGGCCUGUUACUCUUCUUGGCACCAAUGGUUACAUUCAAGAGGAUCAUAAUGAACAAAUCUACAGAACAGUUCUCAGGCAUACCCUACGUCAUGACCUUGCUCAACUGCUUGCUUUCUUUCUGGUACGGUCUUCCUUUUGUAUCAAAAAACAACGUACAGGUAUCAGUCAUCAAUGGCACUGGUGCAGUUCUUGAGUUCAUCUACGUGUUGAUCUUCCUCAUAUUUGCACCCAAGAAGGAGAAGGCCAAAAUCUUGGGCCUCCUCACUUUCAUCCUCACUGUGUUUUCGGCCAUCGCCUUUGUUUCCAUGCUGGCCCUCCGUGGCAAGAACAGGAACCGUUUCUGUGGCCUUGCUGCCUCUGUCUUCUCCAUCAUUAUGUAUGCUUCACCUUUAUCUGUCAUGAGGAUGGUGAUCAAAACAAAGAGUGUGGAGUUCAUGCCAUUCUUCUUGUCCCUGUUUGUUUUCCUAUGUGGUACCUCGUGGUUCAUAUUCGGACUGCUCGGAAAGGAUCCUUUUAUUUAUGUGUCCAACGGUUUCGGAAGUGCCUUAGGGGCAAUGCAGCUGAUCUUGUAUGCCAUUUACCGGGACAAGAAGAAAGGGGACACCAAGAAAACCAUCGGCAAUGAAUCUCUGGAGAUGGGGCUCGACAAGCCCCACCUUCCAGAAACAAUGCAGCACUAAAUUCUCGGAUGAACGCAUUUAGACACUUGUUUGAAUUUCAUUUAGGCAAUUGUACAUCAAUUCCUUCAUUUUUUUUGCUUUUUUAUUUUUGUUUUAUGUGUGUUUUGGGUUAUUUUGGAGGGUGUCCUCAAAUUGUUUUUCCAACUUAAUACUAGUGUUCUAAAUCAUCAAUCAUCAUCUUAGCGGCAACCUAUUAUGUAACCAAAUAUGU